AGAUCCGGUAAAAACAAGACUCGACGUACUUUCAACGUCAAGAUAUCUACAACGGACGAACAGUAGGAAAUAUCCUGUGCACAAGACUCAGCCAGAGUUGAAUCAAACAACACCUAAACGCUGUCCACCAAUAGCAAGUCUGUAUUCAUUUUAUGCCCAUAUAUGGUAUGAGCAGUUGAGCUGUGCAAUGGAGGGGCCUGGACUAGUCCAUUCUGCCUUUUGGAGGGGAGGCCGUGUCUUGUCUGCAGUGAGCAAACGUUCUUUUCUCACAUUUUAUCCAUUAUUACAUCUAAAUACCCAAUUUUACUUCCAGAAUACAACAAUAUAAACGAUUUUUUAGCGUUGAACCCAAAUUUCAACCCGUAGUUUCAGUAAAAACCGAUUUCUGAGUUCAGCCGGCCCUUUGUUGGCUCCCCUCCACUGGACGAUUCCAUUUCGUGGUAAGCAAGUCGGCUCCAACGGUUCACAUCAUUUCCUUCACUUGCGUCAAGUUAGUAGUGGUGAACGCAUUUGUGACGUGUCGUCUCUUUCAAUUUUGUAACUUUUCAAGAUCUACCAAUAACCAAACAAAAUGUGUGACGAAGAAGUAGCCGCUCUUGUCGUGGACAAUGGAUCCGGAAUGUGCAAGGCCGGUUUCGCCGGCGACGACGCCCCCCGCGCCGUCUUCCCCUCCAUCGUCGGAAGGCCCAGGCAUCAGGGAGUAAUGGUCGGUAUGGGCCAGAAGGACAGCUAUGUCGGUGACGAGGCCCAGUCGAAGAGAGGUAUCCUGACCCUGAAGUACCCAAUUGAGCACGGAAUCGUCACCAACUGGGACGACAUGGAGAAAAUCUGGCAUCACACCUUCUACAACGAGUUGCGAGUCGCCCCCGAGGAGCACCCCGUUCUGCUCACUGAGGCCCCACUCAACCCCAAGGCCAACAGGGAGAAGAUGACACAGAUUAUGUUCGAGACGUUCAACACACCCGCCAUGUACGUAGCCAUCCAAGCCGUGCUCUCACUGUACGCCUCCGGUCGUACCACCGGUAUCGUGCUUGACUCUGGAGAUGGUGUCUCUCACACUGUGCCCAUCUAUGAAGGAUACGCUCUGCCCCACGCCAUCCUGCGUCUGGACUUGGCCGGUCGCGACUUGACCGACUACCUGAUGAAGAUCCUCACCGAGCGAGGCUACAGCUUCACCACCACCGCCGAGCGAGAAAUUGUGCGUGACAUCAAGGAGAAGCUCUGCUACGUCGCUCUCGACUUCGAACAGGAAAUGGCCACCGCUGCCUCCUCCUCCUCACUGGAGAAGUCAUACGAACUGCCCGACGGUCAGGUGAUCACCAUUGGAAAUGAGAGGUUCCGUUGUCCCGAGGCUCUGUUCCAGCCUUCCUUCCUGGGAAUGGAAGCCUGUGGAAUCCACGAGACCACCUACAACUCGAUCAUGAAGUGCGACGUCGACAUCCGUAAGGACCUGUACGCCAACACCGUCCUCUCAGGAGGUACCACCAUGUACCCAGGCAUCGCCGACCGCAUGCAGAAGGAGAUCACUGCCCUCGCCCCAUCAACAAUGAAGAUCAAGAUCAUUGCCCCGCCCGAGAGGAAGUACUCCGUAUGGAUCGGAGGAUCCAUCCUGGCCUCCCUGUCCACCUUCCAACAGAUGUGGAUCUCGAAACAGGAGUACGACGAGUCUGGCCCAUCAAUUGUGCACAGGAAGUGCUUCUAAAUCAUUUCCCUCUCCCCACCAACCCUAUUUCUGUUCCCCUCUCCCCCCUUCUUUCGAGAAAGAGACUGCAUGUGUGCGUGUGGUGGUUGUAUUCCCCCUACUCCCCUUCAUCAUUCGACAACCACCAUCCAGCGCGAGAGAGCAAACAAGCCCAACAUCUACACAUGGUUUUAUUCUUUGUAUUAUAUUAUAUAUAUUAUUGCAUUGUAUUUGUCUCGUCGUGCCGUGUUGUGUGUUGAGAUGGACUAGUUCCAGGUCAACGGUUAACUGAUGGAUGGACUAGUUUUGAUCAACGUUAACUGGUUCGAGAGGUGUGUGUGUUGCUGCCAACUUUCUGUCGCGUUCCAUCAUUCAAACACACAAAAACAUCAAACACUUUCUUAAUUACUAUUAUCAUAAUAUUUAUAUUAUAUAUACAUAUGCAUUCAUCAAUAUUUGUUUCUUCAUUCAAUUAUUUAUUGUUUUGUGUAUUAUUUUUGGAAAACGUUUAAUGAAAAAUUUAAGAGAGAAAAGACACAUUUUGCAUUCCAUUUUUCAAGUAAUGUUAGUAGUUUUUUACAUACAUGAUUGUGUAUUGGCUGUUGAAGAAUUACUUGGCCCGCGACGCAACUUCUAUCAGUUGUGCUCCGAUAAUUAUUGUGCUUUGUUUUUUACUAUUACUACUACAAGUAUAAUGAAUAUUAUUUAAAGCGUAAGUAAUUUAGGAUUGUGGUUGUGCGCGCGUGUGCGAAAGUGCGCCCCAGCGAAAAGGGGUUAAUGCACUCGACUCACCCGGCACAAGAAAUGGAUAGAACUUUUUUUAUAAUGCAUUUUUCCCAUAUGUGAUCGUUGAAAAUUGCACUAAGCCCAAAGUAUUAUUUAUUCCCACGUGCAACAGAUAGAUGUGGGAAAAUAAAAAUUGAUUAUACAUUUAAAA